AUGUAAAGAAGCAUUAUAUAUUAUACGACAUGAUAUAGCAUUAUAUAUUCAAUAUGUGGUAUUGUACUGAUUAAUGAAUGAUUAAUUAUUUAGCAAAAUGAAUCUAUGGCUGUGGAGGCAUUUUGUGAGAGGUAAGAGAGCAGGAGCAGUCAACAGUCCAGUCUCUGAAAUAACAAAUCAUUUGACAUAACUGUAUUAAUACAAGGUAACUACAUCGUACUGUAGCUAAUUACAUGUCCUGUUAUUCAAUUAUCCUGAGGAUUCAUAUGUGACAAAUCACCACUUGCAUGUUCAACUUUUCUUUUCUUUUUUUCAAUAUUCGGUUUUCAAUAGAUGACUGACAAAACUAAAAUUAAAAUUAAAUUAAAAAAACCCCAACACUGUCAGCUUGUCAAAACACUGUCAGCUUGGUGAUGGUCUGAAAACUUUGAUAGAUCUGUCCAAUAUAAACUGAAGAAGGGAUGUUUAAGUGUUUAUCUUGUCAAGUUGGAAUAAACUGCUAAACACAAUUAAAAGUCAAGUGAAAUCAAUGUUUAUUUGAGAAAACAGCCUGCAUGAAUAUAAUUUUACCUGUAUGUGUGGAACUCUUGAAAUCAUGGUCUAAUGUUAUUGCUCGAUCAAUUUAAAGCAGGGGUCUCACACUCGCGGAACAAUAUUUUGUGGCCCCCUGCCUGAAAUCAAAGCUUUGUGUUAGUGCGGCCCGCGCGUUUAUUCUCACUUGCAUCUGGGCGUUUUAUGUUUUUUAACACUUGUGGGUUACCGUAGCUCAGGCUCGUGACAACAACACGAAUUAGCAAUUGGUCACUUGUAACAUGUUUGGGUCACCGAUUGGAGGGAAAAUAUAUCCUGUCACCUAGUGAUAUACGGUUUUUGUCAGCCCCAGUCAUGUCUUCUUCAAAACCUGCCGCGAAGAGAAAAGUUGGCGAUGAGAACAGACAAUUUCAGGAGAAGUGGGAGACGGAAUAUUUUUUUGUUGAGCACAGGGGCAUCCCAACGUGUCUAAUAUGCACGGAUAAAGUCGCGGUGCACAAGGAGUAUAACAUCAGACGUCAUUACUCAACUAAACAUGCUGAGGAGUAUGCAAAAUACCUGGGAGAUGAGCGAGAGAACCGGGUCGCCAAACUUAAAACAUGUCUACUGAGGCAACAAGAUUUUUUCAAGAAAGCAAGCAAAGAGAGUGAAGCGGCUGUCAAAGCUAGCUACGUGAGCACUGCAAUGGCUGGCUCACCUAGUCCUCUGACCACCCAUGUGCUGAACACUGCGAUGGGCGUCCCUGGAUCGAACAUGGCCCUCAGCCUCUAUCGACAAGACCCUUCCACAAACGCUUGGAGAUUGAUGACCACUGGGACCACUAAUGAUGAUGGACGUUGCCCGGGACUCGUCACAAAAGAAGUGUUUACCUCUGGUGUGUACAAAAUGCAUUUUGAGACUGCUCAGUACUGGGCGAGUAUGGGACAGACCUGCUUUUACCCCUAUGUUGAGAUUGUGUUCACUAUAAAUGACCCUGGGCAAAAAUACCACAUCCCUCUUCUCCUGAGUCGCUUCUCUUACAGUACGUACAGAGGGAGCUAGAGACCAAACGUGAUGGACUCCCGAGGCUACCUCCAUCUAUCAGCUGUCUAACACACCACAGGCAGUUGCAACUCCACCAGAAACAUUUAUGUCAGCAUAUAUUCCAUUUGAAUGAUUUUAUUAUAUUCAGUAUAACUUUUUUUGCAAUUAAUAAACCAUAUUACUCAUAUAAUGUA